ACAACGUCAAUAACAACAACAACAACUGCAGCAGCAGCAGCAGCAACUAGAAACGAGUAACGAUAACUUUGACGCAAGCCAAACAAAGUGCUAUCGAUAAAUGCAAUUAAGCUCAUUCACAAAUUGGAGCAGCAACAACAACAAUAACAAGAGCAACAAGUGCCACAGGUGUUGGGCUGCCAGUUUAUAAGCAAUUUUGUGUUUGUUUUCUGUGAUUCAGAGCACGAGGGACGUUCGGCAUGACGGAAACUGUUUAGAUAUUCAAUGCGGCGAUCAAGUCCAAGUCCAAUUCCAACUCCAAGAACUGAGAACCUUUGCAACGAGCCGCUACUAAAAUCGAUCGAUCGAAUUGCGUCCCAAUCGGCGUGACAUUCCCCUUACAACCCCCCUUUGUCCCAAACCCACCGAGUAGCACAUCAAGAGCUUCUACUAAAAUGGACUCAUGCAUCGGCCUGGAUUAUAUAGUCGAAAAUCGUGACUACAUUGACAAGUUGGGCUCUGCGCUGGACACGCAGAAUACGACGGUCAAGAAGCAGGUCUUCGAGCUGCUGUCAGCGCUCUGCGCCAACAACCGCGAAGGCUAUGCCCGUGCCAUCGAAACUCUCGACUUUUAUAAGAAUCUCAAAAAGGAACGUUAUCGUUUUAAAAUUGUCAUAAAUGAGCUGGAACAAUCCAGUGCCGUCACGCCGCCGCCUCUGGACUAUCAAGUAACUCUUCUGAGAUUCAUCAACUGCGUCCUCCUGUCAGAAAAGAAGCUACAGGAUCGCAUACGUAUUCGCAACGAGUUUAUAGGCCUCAAAGUAUUGCCGCUGCUGAGCAAUCUAAGAAAAGUCGCACAAGGUGUGGGCGAUAUCAUCGAGCAAUUGGACUUAUUCGUGGAGGCGCAGGAAAGCGACGAGGCCGAGAGCCUGCAGGCGCCCGAUGGCAUCAAUCUCAAUUCGCAUCUUGAUGUAUUCUAUGCGAUACUGCGACAGGUGGCCGACAAGCCGCAAGAGGGCCCGUUCCUAAGCAUAUUGCAGCAUCUGCUGGGCGUCGAUUCAAAGAACCCGCUAAGCGAUUUGAUUUGGGACACCACCGAGCGGUUGGUGUAUCGUGCCACGCUCAUCGAGAAUCCCGAUGAUUCAAACCGUUUGCUGCGCCAGCAAUCCACCCAGAAGUUCACCUGCCCCAAUUGCCGGAGUGCCGGAGAGGCGAGCAGUCCGACAAAAAGAGCGUCACAGCCACAUGUGUCGGUGGUGGUGUCAAAGGCGCCGCCACCGCCUCCACCGGCACCAGCUCCGCCGCCGCCGCCACCUGCAGCAUUUACAGUUAAUGGCAUGGCACCGCCGCCUCCGGUGCCGAAUGGCAAUGCACUGCCACCUCCACCGCCACCUCCGUGCCUGUCGCGACCCAAUUCCCCGCUGCCCGAGAUGUCGGCGACAGUAGUGCUGUUGCCACAGCAGGAUACACCGGAGCCCAAGACCAAGAUGAAGACCAUCAAUUGGCCCAUCUUAACGCGCAACAAGGUGGAGGGUGGUGGCGAGACUAACAUCUGGAUCAACCCUGCCAACCAACACCGUCAUCCCAACCACGAGUACAUUAACUUUAGCGAAAUGGAGGAACUCUUCUGCCAGCAGUCUUCGAGUGGCCAAGGAUCUCCCAAACUGGGAAGGGAGAGCGGCAAUCAAUCCUCGUCUAGCGGUUACGAUACCCUCGAUCGCAAGGCCAAAAAGGAGAACCCAGAGAUCACGUUGCUGGAUGGAAAGCGUAGUCUGAAUAUCAACAUCUUCCUUAAGCAAUUCCGCAGCAGCAACAAGGACAUAAAUCAGCUGAUACGGGAUGGAGCUCACGGGGAGAUUGGCGCCGAGAGACUUAAAGGAUUACUGAAGAUACUUCCCGAUAUGGAUGAGCUGGCCAUGCUGAAGAGCUUCAAUGGGGACAAAGCGAGACUGGGAAGUGCAGAGAAGUUUGUCCUGCAACUUCUCGAAGUGCCCAACUACAAACUGCGCAUUGAGAGCAUGUUGCUCAAGGAGGAGUUCGUUGCGAAUGUCGCCUACUUGGAGCCCUGCAUCAAUGCCAUGCUCGAAGCUGGAGAUAGUCUCCUCAAGAACAAGGCAUUGCCGGAGGUCCUCUACAUGAUCGUUGUGGCAGGAAAUUUCCUCAAUUCCGGCGGAUAUGCAGGAAAUGCCGCAGGCGUGAAGCUUUCUUCGCUGCAGAAACUAACGGACAUAAGGGCCAACAAACCGGGCAUGAAUCUUAUUCACUUUGUGGCCCUCCAAGCGGAGAGACGUAAUCCCGAGCUGCUCCAGUUCACGUCCGAACUGGAUACACUCGAAAAUGCCAGCAAAACCACAAUGGAGCAAAUCAACAAUGAGAUCAGUACGCUGGAAAAUCGCAUUAAGAGAAUUACGAAGCAGAUUGAACUGCCAACAACGGAUGCGGAUAUCAAGGAUCAGAUGCUGCAGUUUCUCCUGGGCGCGCAGUCGGAUCUGUCCGUGUUGCAGGCGGACAUGAUGGAGGUGGAUUCAUUGAGACUCAAGUUGGCGAAGUUCUUUUGCGAGGAUGCGAAAACAUUUAAGCUGGAGGAGUGCUUUAAGAUCUUUCAGAAUUUCUGUGAUAAGUUCAAACAGUCCAUCAAGGAGAACGAGAAGCGAGUGCAGCAGGAACAGCAGGCGACGCUGCGACGCAAGCAGCGCGAGGAGCAAAUGGCCAAAAGAGCCAGACACUUGGGUCAAGUGGGCACCCCCGUUUCCGAUUCGGACUCGUUUCUGGAUCAGUUCGAUCCUCGAGCUAGUCCCGCGUUAGGCAGACGCCAACUUGGCUCCGGAGAUGGUUUUAUACGCCUCGAGCAGGAGUACUGUGCCUCGCCAGACAUCACACCCAAUGGGAGUCUGCGACGGCGACCUAGUCAUGUGCUUGCUGGCGAGGAUGACCUAAUGGAGUAUCUGCGCAGAUCCACUGGACCACCCGAUGGUCCUGGUCACAUCAGUCGGGAACGCAAGGCCGCCUACGGCAGUCUGGAUCGCUCUUGGGCUCGUCGUGCUCGCUCUGGCAGUUCCAGUCGCAAGCGUCCCGAUCUGCUCAACAUUGAUUUUGGCAUGGAUCGGGAACGCGCCAGCUCACCAGCUCCCCUGCUGCUACAGUCCCAGCCGAACCCACAGGAUCGGCUGCAGUCGCCCUUGGCCAGCAGCGGCACGGGCACGCCCACAACCACUGCCAAUACGCCCAACAGCAAUGGUCCAACGAUCAACCCUCAACAACAACAACAACAACAGCAACAGCAACAACCGCCCACAGCUUACGAGGAGUCAAAACCGAGAAUAUCCCGUGAAUGGCGCCAGAAGAUCGAAACCUGGCUGCAAUCCAACGAAAACGAUGAGAAACAGAACGAGGAAUACAAGCGGAAACGUCGCCUGGUUAAUGCGAAUCGGCGAUCGCUCGAAAACGAAACUGAAAACGAACGAAAACUGGAUCCAUUGCCAGAGGAAAAGAUAAUGCCAACAACAACAUCAACAACAACACCAAUAACGGCAACAACGACGCCAACGAUAUCAACAACAACUAAUCCAACUAAUCAUUAUAAGCAGCAGGAACAGAAGCCGGAGCACACUGGGAAAUACCAACGGGUCUAUGCGGAUUGGAAGCCAUCCAAUACAUUGGAUCACACGGAUGUGUUGGGCAACAUUCAAGCGAUUGCCGAUGCCACAACGAAGGCGCAACCACAUCUGACCACCGCCGAGGAACUGCGUCAAUAUCGCCGCCAACGCUCUCAGGAGCAGAGUCAAAGUCCGAGUGCAUUGCAGUCCAUUGCCGAGGAGGAUCGUCGCAAGUCCAUCAUACAGAAGCUGGGCGAGAACGAUGGCAGCUCGGAUCGCCUUAAGAUCUAUGUGAGGCGUCCCUCCGUCAUGGAUCUGCAGCCGGAGCCAGUCAAGAAAGUGGAAACGAAGCCAACACACGAUGAUCCCUUUGCCAGCCUGUUGGAUCAUCACAAGAGUCACAACGAGUCCAAAGAGAUCGAUGCGGAUAACAUUGAGACGCCGCCGGUGCAACGACGUGUCAUUGCCACGCCCACAACGACGGUGGUAACGGUGAGUCUCACGGACAAGCCCAAGGAGGAGAAGAGCACGGCAAGCACAGCAGCACCUUCAGCGACAACUGCGGAGCAGGAUGUGCCAGGAAACUUUGAUAGAUACGCACCGGCGAGACGCACACGACGCUAUAAACGGCCCACGGAUUACAGCAGUGGCAAUGAGGAGCUAGUGACUCCCAGCCAAGAGAUCAAGCAAUCGGCAAGCGCCAAUGAAAUACGACGACUGCAGAAGGAGGAGCAGCAACAGAAGCGGGAGGAGCAGAAACGGGAGCCGGAGAAGGCGCGCAACAUUACGAAGCUGGAGAAAGUGGGUCGCCACAUCAGCUCCAUCAACCAGGAGGAUGUGCGUGAGGCCAUCAGAAAUCUCAAGUCCCCAACAGGCACGCCUGAGCGUCCCUGGAGUCCUCCGCGGGAGCUGAUGCCCGGCAAGCUGAAGCUCACGGUCAGCGGUCAUCACGAGCUCAACGAUGAAGGCUUCGAGGAGACGCAGAGUCUGGUCUCGGACACGCCCUCGCAUGGCAAGGGCGAGAGUACCAACUCCUCCUGCAACGAGGCGAACGAUGCACCCACACAGAGAUCAAGACCACUCUCCAAGCAGAAGACCAGCACCACCAGCAUCAGUGCUAUGGGCAUGGGCAGUCGCCCUUCGGAUCGACUGCAGCAGGCGCGACUGCGUGGCAGCUCCACAAGUGGAGGACCCGUCAACGCCAAUGUCAAGUCACAUCACCCGAUCCCUGCCUCAGCUGGCACUGCUCCAGCCACGAAGCGAAGUCUCUCGGCGAGUCGUCCACUGCGCAUGCCCAAUGGCAGCCCCUUCUUGAGUGCCACGCCCAGCAGCAGCAUACGCUCCGCAUCCUCAACGGGCGUACGACGAGAUUACGCCCCGGUCACUCCAAAGCCACGGGAUGUGGAACGCAGCAGCUCCCGCAACAGUUUGCGCUCCUCGAGAUCCUCAAUCAACAGCGGCGCUUCCACACAGACGGUGGUGCGACGUCUGCCCUCGGUGCAGCGCAGCGCUACCGUCUCCGUGGACUCAUCCCCAAGCAAGAGACCACUGGCGGCACAGAAUACACGUCCCACUCCAGGACGUGGUGUGCCAGCUAGUCGGAGCAGCAGCAGCGGCUCCAGCGUCGGUCCCAGUGUCAUUCUCGUGCGCAGCAAACUCACAAACGGCCCUCGCAGUGUUCAGCCAGGAGCACAGCCCUUGGGCAGCAGCACCAGCUUCAAGGAGAACCAUACCACGUCCACAGCUUCGGCUGCCGCCUCCCGACUGACAGCGGCGCGCAGUGCGAUGCUGGUGAAGAAUGUGCUGAGUCAGCAGGCAAAAAGCAACAGUAAUCCCCAGCAGAGGAAUCGUUCAGUCAGCAGAUUUAUGCUUCCCACGGCCAGCAGCGUCACCAAGCGACAGAAAUAGGCAAGCAGGAAGAGAACGGAAAUAUAAGGAAGAAGGACUCGUCCAAGUUAACACAUAAAAUACAGAUCAAAGACAAGUUACAAAGCAUCUACUCUAAGCCGUCCAAGCAAACGACAACAUCAAAAAAAAAAAAAAAAAAACAAACGUAAAAAAUUAAUACAUUUCGAAUUUCUAGGCAGGAUUUUGCACAAAAACUACUCCAUAGAAUUGUUAAUCCGCACACACGCUCCAAGCGUACGUUAUUUACCACGUAGCAACUAGCUUAGAAUGGGUCCAAAGCAAUGGGUCCGAUGAUUCCCAGCACAUUCCAAAGUAAUAUUCCCUCCCGACACACAAAGCCAGAAACAGGUGCGUUCGUCACAAAUGUGUUUCAAAUUGAAAAGGUUUUCAGCACUUUACAUCGUUUCCAAGGACCUCUUACAUUCUAAUUGUUAAGCAUGAAGACAAGUAUUGUUAAAAUUCUUAAUAUAUUUGAGCACAAAA